AUGAAUGAAUCACUAUUGAAUCAUUUAUUUCUACCGUAUCACUUGCCGUCCUGUGCUGCCGAUGAUUAUUUGCUGAAAGACAAUCAUCAAAAAGAAUUUCUAUUACUCGAAUGUAUGAACGAAUUUCUUCGAACGACUCAAUCAUGCGAUGGUGACGAAUCAUUACGUCAUAUUCAAGUGCUUACAGACUGUUUUAGUCGUUGGUCAGCUUGGCAAGAAUCUCACCAUGUCUCAGCACAGAAUAUACAAUCUACUCUUGAAAAUUUACCACCAGGCAGUUUUACUCCAUUGUACAUACGUGCUCAAAAUGCAGCAAUUUUAAUCGAAGUCGAGUCAGAUGAGAUUGCUCGACCACUUCUUUCUUCCUGGCAAGUUCUAUUACCAAUGGAUCAAAUAACAUCUUCAGUUCUUUGCCAUUAUUCUUCAUUUCCCGUGAUUGAAUAUCGAUUAAAUGAUAGAUCAGAAUUAACGUCUAAGAUCGACUGUGAAUUACUAGUUGAUUUCAUGACUAAUACGAUCAAAGAAUUACCGUUCUAUCAAUCGUCUCAACACGUUACGAUACGUAAUUUACCUGAGUCACAUUAUGUUUGUCAAUGGUGGAUUCAACAGUUCAAAGACAUUCAACAAAACUGUGAUGCUAAUUCUUCAGUACAAUUUAAGAAAAAGCAUCGUGAUCACAUUCGUUUAGGAGAAGGAAACAACGUACCUUUUCGACGUUCCGGUCUAUGGAUGACAAUGAAAACAGUCACUGAGCUUAUUUUAACAAAACAAUACGGAGAAAUUGGUAUUCUUAUUUACAAACUGUUGAUUACUCGUUUUCUGACUUACAUGCUUGAGAAGUAUGCAGAACAGAGAACAAUAUCGAUGGAUUUAUUGCUUUUCUGUAUCCGAAAGAUGGUUCGUCGGCUGAAUAAGAUCGACAGCAGGUUAGUUUUAACUAGGGUUAAAGAUAACAAUGUUGAUAGAUGGAUUCGAUAUAACAAACAAGUUAUUGAAAUGAAAAUUGAUGAAUUUUUUCCGAAAUCAUUUCGCCAAGAUAUCGUGCAAACUACGAGUUCAGUCGAUGAAUGUUCCUCAAUGGGUGAAACAGAUUUUCACAGCCCUGCAAUUUAUCAACAUGAAUGCGUUCAAUUGAGAAAAUUUCUUCACGAUAAUAGUUCAAAUGAAUCAUUAGAAGCACCUUCUAGUGAUGAUGAGGGCGAUCCUAAUCAUUUGUUCGAUACCAAUCAUCCAGAUAAUAUACAAUUUUAUUCUGAUUUGAUGAACCGAAUGGAUUAUACGAUUGGAACAGCGUUAACGCGAGUGGAAAUUUGGGUAGCUACACAUGUAAAGGAAUGGUUGGAUCAUCAAGCAUUGCUCACAAACGGGAUGAGUCGCUUCGAACAUUUACGCGAAUUCUUCGAAGAUUACCAAAAUGGCGCAUUGGGUCAUUAUUGGCCUGAGAGUGGUUCCACCGAUCCAAUCGGUUAUUCACGAUUUAUUCUCACGACAUUAACGAUUAUUCAAUGCAUGCACAAAAAACUAUGCGAGGAUCCACGAUUCAAACGACUGAAGGAUCAUACAAUAUCGAUUCCACACCUGCUGAAACUGUUUAGAUUCUUAAUCUUACCAGUUCGAGAAGAUAUGAUUCGAGCACGUCGUUUAUAUGAUUACUUUCGUGAAUUUAGCACGAAAAAAUAUCCAGAUCUUCUUAGUCAAAUCAAUUCUGCAGACGCAUUCGGAGUCGUUUAUGCUUCUUGUUGUGAUUCAAUGGUCCAAAAUUUAGCAAAAUUACGAGAACGAGCUGAAUCAGACAAACAGGCAAAAAUCAUCGAAGUGAAUGAAGCGAAAAGUAGAUAUGGAAAUUUAAUGAAAUCAAUCCGAAAGCUCUCUUGUAGUUGCCGCCAUAGUUUAAGUUACAUGCAGAUUUUGUGUAAAAAAUGUUCAACACAAGAACAAGCUGAUAAUAUUACAGUAGAUGUUUUUGAAUGUCCAAUACCGGAAGCUGAUGUAGAUGCUCAAGCUGUCAUAUUCGAAUUACAAAUGCCAAUUGAAAUUAGAAGUUAUCGAGAUGUUCUCUGGCAAUUCAUUAACCGUCGUAAACUACAACCAAACAAUCAGAUGCAAGAAUGGUUAAAUAGUCGUUCACAUAGCCACAAACUAAGUCUGUACGAUACUGGUCCAAGUGUUCGCCGAGUUAAACUUCUAUCUAAUAGAACAUCUGAAACAGAAUACAACUAUACAAGAAAAGUCUCAUGUGCAUCAGUCGAUGACUUUAUAUUUGAAAAUAGCUUAACAGUGAACAUCUCUCCAACAUUAUCUAUCAAACUCGAUGACGAACAGAGAGUACUAACACCCCAACUUACUCAUCCAGAUUAUAAACAACUACAGUUCACAUUAGAUACAACAGACGAUGUGCAAAACAAAGUCAUUGCCAAACUGUUCACAUGUUCACCACAUUUUAAAUCAACACAGUUUAUUGAAUAUGGUUCGUUUCGAUCUGGUCAUCGUUUACAAUGGCGGAACUUAUUAGCGGUAUUAGAGACAGAUUCUUUGCCAAUUGGAGACGAAAGUGUCGCCAUAUUAAUCCUACAUUCGAUAUUACAAUGUGGUCCAAUAACCAAAUAUUCAAAGGAACUAGACAAUUCUUGGUGUCCUGAAUCACAUAAACAAUUAUUAGACGAUAAUUUCGUUGAUGAAUUAGUUGUAAAACUGAAUCAACAUCUUGAUAAUUGUGGAUUGAAUUGGCAAAAUGAAUUAGCGCUCAUUGUCAUAACGGCAAUUGCUAUACGUUUAUUCACAAUUUGCAAUGCAACAAAAGAAAGUGUUCUUACUGAUCUUAUUAUGAAAUGUCGACAAAUUGGUGAGAAGUGGAUCGAACUUAUCACAGAAUACAUACAAACAACAUCAUCAGCAGAUAAAAAAGAAACAGAAAAGCUACGAGCGAAAAUGAAUACGAUCAGUAUUGCUUGCAUUUUCACCUUCUCAACUCAUCAACAGCGGAUUAGUCGUCUACUAGAAUCAACUGAACAUAUCAUAUCUUUACUAAAAAUAGUAACUAUGUUUCACGAUACUUACUUAUUGAAUUAUGACAGAUCGACUACGAAUCUAUUUAUACGAAAUCUCAGGAGACAUAGUGAACGCAUUUUGGUUGCGUUACAACCAACUAUCACUCAAAUUCUGCAAGAUAAUGUUUCGUACGCCUUGAAUCGAUUUGCUGUUUCAUAUUGGACAGUUCUCAGAAGACAAGGCCAUAUGAAUGGAAUAUGGAAAAAACAAAACACAGAUCCUUACGACGGAUUAUACACUUGUCAAUAUGAAUCAAAAUGUUUAUCGAUUGAUUUGAUUCGAGGAUCGUUUUUAGUCGAUGGUUUGACAAUUGGAUAUUUACCAGAAAAAAUCACUUCAAAUCCAUUAUUUGUACGUGUUUUUGAUUCUCAUGUUUUCGAAGUACAAGCUUCUGAUAAACCUCACACUUAUGUUACGAAGUAUGCAUAUCAUGGCAAUGGACGAGUUGACUAUGAGUUUUCUUUCAAUGAACGGUUUCAAAGUCCAAUCAUUUAUGAAACACACAAAGAAACAGGUGAUCGAUUCCAGUUAAUUCCACAUACUUGUUUUCUCGAAGAUUUUCCAGACGAAUUUGCUUCUUGUUACAGUCACUGGAUGAAUUUAGCAAAUCAAACAAUCGAGUUUCGACCAAUCAAAUUUAACAAUGCUGACUUUUUAGAUGAUAAGCCGUACAUACUCGAAGUAGCAACAGGAUGUCUUACAAGCACGAAUAUUGAUGAUAAAAAAGUACUGAUCAAUGGAAAGUCGAAAUUUUUUCAAAAUCUAUUUAAAAAGUAUUUCAAUCGCCUUGAUGAUCAAGCAUAUGUCUACAUGAUGCGCCAAAUAACAAACAAAACCAAUGUCAUCGUUCAUAUUUAUCUGUCUCGUAUAGGAAUCGCAUUCCAAUAUGAUACUACAGACAACACAAUUGUAUCGCGUGAAUAUGCUGAUAUGCGUGUCAGUAAAAAUCAGAGUUUUGGAACAUUAACAGGUUUAACAUUUGGUUUACUUCUAUCACCUUUAUCUGCGAAUGAAACUAAUGGAGAUUAUUAUCCUUAUAGGAAAAUGAUAGUACCCUUUGGAACAGUAACUGCUAAACGUCAAACUUCUGACCAUCAAACUGUCAAUGUCGAACGAUUACCUUCGAAAACUUCUCUUCAAUAUUUUGUUUUUAUACUAAACGAUCGGUUAAAAGUUCUUCAAUCGACUGAUAGUCCCACUGGUUGGCUCUAUCUAGCAUUAUUACAUGCAAUGACAACUCAUCUUCUUCCCGAUCAAUAUACUGGUAUGACAGGAAUGGAACGAGCUUUUCAAUUAUUAAAUUCAGCUGGUUGUUGGUCGGAUGAACCAUUCAAUAGUAUUUCUUUGAGCAUUUUGAUUCAAAUAGCACAAAUAACACCAAUAGUUCAACAUUAUCCCCCGAACCUUCCUUGUGCAGUCAACAUAAAGUGGCAUGCGAAUAGUGUACCCUAUUCUGCUCAACAUUUUGGUUACUAUCUUCUUGCAAAAGCAAUAUUAGAAAAUAGUCGACAAUUUCAUUUCAUGUAUAAACUAUCCUCAGCGAAUCAACAUAUGUUAAAGCAUGUUCGAUAA